AUGAGUUCAAGUGCAACGCCUAUGCCAAUCACCGAAACUGAUGAAGGUCGUUGUGAAGUUUGUUUGGAUGAAGAAACUACUACUAUUGGCGUAAUAACUUGUGCUCAUCGAAAUACUUUUUGUAAAAACUGCAUAAAAACUUGGCUCAGCGGUGGUAAUGUUACCUGCCCUAAAUGUCGGGCACCCUGGCCAGUAAAUAUAAAUAUCGAUGUAUGUUCAGAAAUUAUUAGUAUUAGUACCAUACAUGAAUCAUGA